AUGGACGACAAGCCAGUAAACCUAACAUGGCUAACAAAAACCACAACAUAUCCGUUCGCUUUACCUUAUUCUGAAGACAAAGUUACCAAAGUAAUAAAAGAAAAGCCUACAAGUAGGCCGCCUCACAGUUUGGCCGUUCUUAUUUACGAAACGUUCCGCCAUCACCGUUCCCAACUUACUGUGUCUCAAAUUGCUGACAGUAUCGCUAGAAAGUAUGAUUACUAUCGGAUUCGAAAACAAUGGACGGUAAGGUUUCGUGAGAAGUUUAUUGUUUUAAAUAUGAAAAUUUGGGGCCGAUGAACAAUCAUUCCCCCAGCUACAGUCAUUCCCCCAAGCGCAAAAUCAUUCCCCACAAAGUUAAGUUGAACUUAACUUGUACUAGUCCAGAACAUUGGCACAGGUGAGAGCUGGCAACGACCCAAGUGUUGGAGCUGAUGAUACCAUCGCGCGAUGAGGGGCUGGAGAAGGGACCGGCUGACGACCUCGGAACUUGGCUCGAAUGACGAUUUCUGGGGAAAUCGGUUGCUUUUAUAGGGAUUUUUUGCAUAAACUUUGAAAGUGUAGACCUAGUUUUGAAUAAUGAAUAGACUCAAAGUGCAAUGGGAAAGUGACUAAGGGUUUUCUAAGUCUGGGGUAUGAUAGUAAUACAGGUGGGGCAUGAUAGUAAUACAGGUGGGGUAUGAUAGCAAUACAGGUGGGGUAUGAUAGUAAUACAGGUGGGGUAUGAUAGUAAUACAGGUGGGGUAUGAUAGUAAUACAGGUGGGGUAUGAUAGCAAUACAGGUGGGGUAUGAUAGUAAUACAGGUGGGGCAUGAUAGUAAUACCGAGUGGGACACAACGGUUGUUUUUUUUUACUUUUUUGGAGAUCACUGAUUCCUUCGUAAGUUUGCGGUCCGACCAUAAUUCAGCAAACAAAAUGAAAGAAUGAGAAAUUGAAAAAAAAUCUUAAAAUUUGAAUAAGUGGGGAAUGAUUGUAGCUCAUUUCCAUGGGGCAUUAUUAUUCACCUGCUGGGGAGUUAUUCUUCAUGAGAACCGAAAAUUUUUAAAACGGUAAACAAAUAUCGUUUUAGAUUACUGGUACAAUUAGAAACGCUUUAAGCAAAGACCCAAGAUUUAAAAAACUACCAAAAGAUGGAGCAAUGGGACGACGAGCAAACUACUGGAUUCUAGACAACCCUUUUAUGUAAGUUAUUUAAAUUACAGAUGUAAAAUGAAUACGAUAAAGAAAAAUAACAAUAAAUUUUUAUAAGACCUUGUAAUAAAAAUUCAAAAAAAAAAAUAAUUCACAAGGAGUACCCUUCAAAAUACUACUUCAAGUUCAUAUUAUAACUAAAAUCAUUGUAGUUGGCAAGAAAUAAUGAAUGGAACAGCGCCCGAGAUCAAGAAUGAUGCAGACCUACGAGUUGAACUAGCCAAAAGAUACAUAACAGAAGACAUGGAUCCGUUGAGUAAAUACAUAGACAGUAACAACAACCAAUACGAUGAGAGUCUGACAGAUUGGACUAACCUAGAAGUUUGCAAAUUAGGAGAGGGAGUAGAACAGGAAAUUCAAGAGAUUCUGAAGAGCAGCGACUUCUCACCUCAACACCAACAACAUCCUUGGGCUGAGGAUGUUAAGGUGGAAGAUUGGAUAUUAUGA